UAUUUUUCAACUUGGCGAUCAAAUAAAAAAAAAUGUUUUAAUGCACGAUAUCUCACAAGCAAUUUUUGCAUUAAAAUCAUGAAGAAUUUUGCUAGUAAUAUUUUAAAUAUAUAAUGGGUUGUGUGUGUUGUUCUCUAAGUUCUUUUGUAUCGAUCGUGCUAGAUGCUCUCGAGAGAGUAUCACUAUGUACUGUUUGUGCUAUGCUCACUUGCUGCCUUAUGCUGACGUUGAUAACAGUGAUGGUUAUGGGAAUUGGAAUCGGGUUCCACUAUUGCUUUGUCCAAAAUUCAGUGGACGCAAUGGAAAAGGCUGCAGCCGCAGCAGGUGCUGUACGAUCAGGAAAUGCGAGAAAGUCUUUAGCAAGUGGGAAUGUUAUGCGUUCCGUCGAUAAAGCAGUGCAACGAGGUUUUGCCCACAGGCUGACUAGAAGGGAGGCCGACACACCGCCAUUGUCUAAUAACGAUACAAAUUCAUCGUACGCCUUAGAAACCAAUUUUACAAGAACAAAUGUAACCCAAUCCAUCGAUUUUACAAGUACGAAUGUGUCUUUGUCGGCAUUGUAAAGUUUUUUGGUGCGAAAA